AUGGUUGACGGUAAUUUACCGGAAUGGCUUCCUCCGGGCUUUGCCCAGAAGAUAAAAUACAGAUAUGGAAGAAAAAUCAAGUUUUACUACAACUCGGCAACAGGUACAAAGUAUUACUCUAAGAGGGAUGUCCUUCGUUGUGCUGGAAGGGAAAAUGUCUGCCAUGAUACGCCACAAGCAACAAGUAUCGAAGACAAUAAGCUCUCUGACGACAAAACUGGUUCUAUUGAACCUAAAACAACCGAUUCUCCUGAAUGGUUACCUCCUGGGUGGAUAACGGAGGAAAGAACUCGAAAGAGUGGUUCGUUAAUGGGGAAGACUUACAUGGUAUAUAUUGAGCCUUCAACAGGAAGGAGGUUCUAUACGAAGCCUGCAGUGACUAAAUAUCUCAAAACCGUCAAUCAUACUGGAAACACAACCAAACAAAUUAAAGUAAAGAAAGCUGUGACAGAAACCGUUGACCCCGAAAAUUGA